CACCACAGUUAUCACCCAUGCCCUCCUAAAAGGGUGUCUCGAAGCAUAUCUUGCUGUAGAGCAGAAUUCGGAACUGAGAAGACGAGGGCUCAAAUUGUAUCUCACAGGAUUUGCGUGCAAGAGAAACCCAAAGGAAUGGAUUGGCUCUUCUUCAGAAACAUUUGCCUUUUGAUCAUUCUAAUGGUGGUGAUGGAAGUAAACAGUGAAUUUAUUGUUGAGGUGAAGGAAUUUGACAUUGAAAAUGGCACUACAAAAUGGCAAACAGUCAGAAGACAAAAGCGGGAGUGGAUCAAGUUUGCCGCAGCCUGUCGAGAAGGAGAGGACAACUCGAAGAGGAACCCCAUUGCCAAAAUUCGAUCAGACUGCGAAUCGAACCAGAAGAUUACAUACCGAAUUUCUGGGGUAGGGAUUGAUCGACCACCAUAUGGAGUAUUCACCAUUAAUCCUCGCACUGGGGAAAUUAACAUCACUUCAGUGGUAGACAGAGAAAUAACUCCACUUUUCUUGAUCUAUUGCCGGGCUUUGAAUUCACGGGGUGAAGAUUUAGAAAGGCCUCUUGAGCUUAGAGUCAAAGUUAUGGACAUAAAUGAUAACGCUCCAGUCUUUUCGCAAAGUGUAUACACAGCCAGUAUUGAAGAAAAUAGUGAUGCCAAUACAUUGGUAGUAAAGUUAUGUGCCACCGAUGCAGAUGAAGAAAAUCAUCUGAAUUCUAAAAUUGCCUACAAGAUCGUCUCUCAGGAGCCAUCAGGUGCACCCAUGUUCAUUCUGAAUAGGUACACUGGAGAAGUCUGCACCAUGUCCAGUUUCUUGGACAGAGAGCAACACAGUAUGUACAACCUGGUUGUGAGAGGCUCAGAUCGGGAUGGAGCUGCAGAUGGACUGUCUUCUGAAUGUGACUGUAGAAUCAAGGUUUUAGACGUCAACGAUAAUUUCCCCACCUUAGAGAAAACUUCAUACUCAGCCAGUAUUGAAGAGAAUUGUUUAAGUUCGGAACUGAUACGAUUACAAGCAAUUGAUCUUGAUGAAGAAGGCACUGAUAAUUGGUUGGCUCAAUAUUUAAUUCUCUCUGGAAAUGAUGGGAAUUGGUUCGAUAUUCAAACAGACCCACAAACCAAUGAAGGCAUUUUGAAAGUUGUCAAGAUGCUGGAUUAUGAACAAGCACCUAAUAUUCAGCUUAGUAUCGGAGUUAAAAACCAAGCUGAUUUUCACUACUCCGUUGCUUCUCAAUUCCGAAUGCACCCAACCCCUGUGAGAAUUCAAGUUGUUAAUGUGAGAGAAGGACCUGCAUUUCAUCCAAGUGCUAUGGCUUUUAGUGUGCGGGAAGGAAUAAAAGGAAGUUCCUUAUUGAAUUAUGUGCUUGGCACAUAUACAGCCAUAGAUUUGGACACAGGAAACCCUGCAAUAGAUGUCAGAUAUAUCAUAGGGCAUGAUGCAGGCAGCUGGUUAAAAAUUGAUUCAAGAACUGGUGAGAUACAAUUUUCUAGAGAAUUUGAUAAGAAGUCAAAAUAUAUUAUCAAUGGGAUAUACACAGCAGAGAUCCUGGCUAUAGAUGAUGGCUCUGGAAAAACAGCUACAGGAACCAUAUGUAUUGAGGUUCCUGAUAUCAAUGAUUAUUGUCCAAACAUUUUUCCUGAAAGAAGAACCAUCUGCAUUGACUCUCCAUCAGUCCUUAUCUCUGUUAAUGAACAUUCUUAUGGGUCUCCGUUUACUUUCUGUGUUGUUGAUGAGCCACCAGGAACAGCUGACAUGUGGGAUGUCAGAUCAACAAAUGCUACCUCAGCAAUCCUUACGGCUAAGCAGGUUUUAUCUCCAGGAUUCUAUGAAAUCCCAAUCCUGGUGAAGGACAGCUAUAACAGAGCAUGUGAAUUGGCACAAAUGGUGCAGUUAUAUGCCUGUGAUUGCGAUGACAACCACAUGUGCCUGGACUCUGGUGCCGCGGGCAUCUACACAGAGGACAUAACUGGUGACACGUAUGGGCCUGUCACUGAAGACCAAGCUGGAGUUUCAAAUGUUGGUCUUGGACCAGCAGGGAUUGGCAUGAUGGUUCUGGGCAUCCUGCUACUGCUUUUGGCUCCACUCUUGCUGCUCCUGUGUUGCUGCAAACAGAGACAGCCAGAAGGCCUGGGAACAAGAUUUGCUCCUGUGCCUGAGGGCGGAGAAGGAGUGAUGCAGUCUUGGAGAAUUGAAGGGGCCCAUCCCGAGGACAGACUUUUUAGCGCCUACGCCUUGCCGGGUGGUGGUGGCAGCGCAGAUGGCGGCGGCAGCGUUUUAGGCAGAUGCGCGCUGCAGGCAACUCCAGCGCUGUUAAACCAACAUCCUCCCUUUUCAGAAAUCUACACCAACACCUAUGCAGCCGGGGGCACGGUGGAAGGAGGUGUAUCGGGAGUGGAGCUCAACACAGGUAUGGGGACAGCCGUUGGCCUCAUGGCCGCAGGGGCCGCAGGAGCCUCAGGGGCCGCAAGGAAGAGGAGCUCUACCAUGGGAACCCUGCGGGACUACGCCGACGCAGACAUCAACAUGGCUUUCUUGGACAGCUACUUCUCGGAGAAAGCGUAUGCUUAUGCAGAUGAAGAUGAAGGUCGACCAGCCAAUGACUGCUUGCUCAUUUAUGACCACGAGGGAGUCGGGUCUCCCGUAGGCUCUAUUGGUUGUUGCAGUUGGAUUGUGGAUGACUUAGAUGAAAGCUGCAUGGAAACUUUAGAUCCAAAAUUUAGGACUCUUGCUGAGAUCUGCUUAAACACAGAAAUUGAACCAUUUCCUUCACACCAGGCUUGUAUACCAAUCAGUACUGACCUCCCUUUGCUCGGACCUAAUUACUUUGUUAAUGAGUCUUCAGGAUUGACUCCCUCAGAAGUUGAAUUCCAAGAAGAAAUGGCAGCAUCUGAACCCGUGGUCCAUGGGGAUAUUAUUGUAACUGAGACUUACGGUAAUGCUGAUCAAUGUGUGCAACCCACUACAAUUAUUUUUGAUCCUCAGCUUGCACCCAAUGUUGUAGUAACCGAAGCAGUAAUGGCACCUGUCUAUGAUAUUCAAGGGAAUAUUUGUGUACCUGCUGAGUUAGCAGAUUACAACAAUGUAAUCUAUGCUGAGAGAGUACUGGCUAGUCCUGGUGUGCCUGACAUGAGCAAUAGUAGCACGACUGAUGGUUGUAUGGGACCUGUGAUGAGCGGCAAUAUUUUAGUAGGGCCAGAAAUUCAAGUGAUGCAAAUGAUGAGUCCAGACCUUCCCAUAAGCCAAACCGUUGGCUCCACAUCCCCAAUGACAUCUCGACACAGAGUAACACGAUACAGUAACAUACAUUACACCCAACAGUAAGUGCUUUAUGGUCAGUAUUCUAUGUGGAGACCUUGCACCUUGUAAUCACCAAUACAUCCACCAAAAAUAUAUAAUGUACCAUAUAUAUUAAUAGUCAACAAAUACUCAGAUAUUCUAAAGUCAAUGCCAUUAUUUGAUUAUACCAUUUUGAGGGUGAAUAUGGCUAGGCACUUUAGAUAAGCCUUUUUAAAAUUCUUUCUGAUUUUAAAUAAUGUGUCAAAAAAUGUGCAGAAAAUGUAUUGCAUCCCUUGAUACUGUCUAAUGAAUAGCACAUAACUCAUAUUGUGAAUCCUAUGGGUCUUGAGGCCUGUAGAACCAAUCUUGUAAACCAAGAUGCCUUGUUCUUGGAAGUUACAAAAGAAGCCCUGUCUACAUCCACCAGCCAUAUUUUUCGUUAGGGAAAUAUUUAUAUUAAAAUUUUUAAUUGAAAAGUUGAAUGAAAUGUACAUUCUGAAAGGAAAUUGAAAAGGAACGUAGAGUAUCUGUCAAUAUCUUUAGAUAUCUGAAGUCAUUUGUCUCUUCAAAAUAUUUUUCAAUAUUAUGCACUAUUAAGCAAUAGGGGAUGCUUAAUAUAAUAAGAAAAGAGUUUGCCAACUGAAAGCAUCGCUGGAAAUGGUUCAUCAAAGAAAAAUAUAUAUUUUUAUUAAACUUUAUUGAUUUAUAUGAUUAACUGUAAAUUAAUCUAGAAUAGCAAAAAAAAAUGACAAUCCUAAAGUAGAAAGAGUUAUUGGGGAAAUAUUAGAGUUUUCCCCACUUACAGGGAAUUUUUUCCCUACUAUUGCCAAUUAUGUCAGAAAAAUACAUGAAAUAUGGCUUAACCAAUUUCAUUGACCUGAAUCAUAGAGCUUUCAAUUGGCAACCAGAUAUUCUCCAAAAGCACUCUGUAGUUAUUCAUAUAUUCAACAAUAUUUACUUAGAAGCAACUAGGUGUUGAGUGCUAGUCUUGGCUCUGUGAAUAUACAGGUAAAGAAGACAGACAUGGUUUCUGCCUUCAUAGAGCUUCUAUUCAUUUCUAGACUUAAAAUAAAACUCUGGGAUAUGGCUUUAAGUUCCUAACAACAAUAAUUAACCAACUAUUUAAGUCCAUUACCAAGUUGUGUUUCUCUUUGCAACACUACUGUUUAUGUUGAAUAAAUAAAAUGGAAACACAUUGCUUACUUUUAGUAGGCAUAAAGCUGACUUGAGAAAAAGAAACUCUAGCCAGGUAAUUUUACCUAAUUCUGUAAAAUAUGUAUACAGUAGCAGCAAUAAUGUGACUGAGAUAAUGUAAAUGAAAUAAACUUAUUUUCAAGGCUUAAUCCUUUUGAAAGGAAAUAAUUGUAGUGUUUCUUGCCUAUCUUUUGCUCCUUUAUGAAUAAAACUAUUGUAGAAUUUAAGUCAUCUCAGAUAACCUCUUACCUAGUUCUCUCAUUUUCUAGACAACGAAUCUAGAAAUAGAGAGGUUAAAUGACCACAACCAGCUAGUUGUGGUACAAAGCCUUGAACCCAUUGUUCAGAUACGCUAGCCAGUAUGCUUUUUUAUACUAUAACUUCGCCAGAUAUGAAGAGGAUCCAAACCUGCCUGUUGCAUACUCUUUGCUGUUCCCUAAUUGGAAGAAAAACUCUCUCUCAAAAAAUUAAGUUUUAAAGUGUAAGCGCAGACCAGCUAAAACAUUGUAAUGCUAGAAAGUUAUUUACAUAUUUCCUAAUAUUUUCCAAAUUAUGUGUACUGCCAGUUGCUACAUCCAUUUCUCACUUUAGUAAAUUUUACUACUCUAUAAUUGAUGAAAUCCAUGGGGUAGCUAAGGAGCAUUGGUCUCAUGGUGAUUAAACACUCAAGCAACAACCAGCCACAUAGCAUCUGGCACACACUCCGUUCCGUGGCAAAUCCUGACAUGGAUAUUUCUCGCUUAAAGUUUGCAUUGGAUGGCUUUUGUUAAGUCAAAAACUAACAUGUUGGUGAGACUGCAGAGAAAAGGGGACACUAAUACGGUGUUGGUGGGAUUGCAAAUUAGUCUAGCUACUGUGGAAAAUAGUUUGGAGAAUUCUCAAGGAACUGGGAGUUGAAUAGCCAUUUGACCUAGCAAUCCCAUUACUGGGUAUAAACCCAAAGAAAAAUAAACUGUUCUACCAACAGGACACGUGUGCCCAUGUGUUCACUGCAGUGCUAUUCACAACAGCAAAAACAUGGAAUCAAUCCAGGUGCCCAUCAACAGUGGACUGGACAAAGCAAAUGUGGUACAUAUACACCAUGGACUACUAUGCAGCCAUAAAAAAGAAUGAAGAAUGAAGAAUGAAAUCACGUCCUUUGCAGCAACAUGGAUGCAGCUGAAUGCCAUUAUGCUGAGCAAAUUAAUGCAGGAACAGAAAACCAAAUACCUUAUGUUCUCACUUAUAAGCGGGAGCAAAACAUUGGGUUCACAUGGACAUAAAGAUGGAAAUAAUAGACACUGGGGCUAUUAGAGGAAGGAGAGAAGGAGAAGGGCAAGGGCUGAAAAACUGUCUAUUGGGUACUAUGCUCACUACCUGAGUGACGAGUUCAGUCAUACCUCAAACCUCAGCAUCAUAUGAUAUAGCUUUGUAACAAACCUACCCAUGUAUUCCUUGAUUCU